AUGUGUAAAUCAUGUAUGAAUUGUUCAGUUUGUUACUACAAUGUUUUACUCAAGUAUAAUUUAUAUAGUAAUGCUUACUCAAACCUUGCUUUACCCUACAAAUACCUUCUUACAUUACCAUGUACUCUGGUAGCAUGUGAAAGAUCAUUCUCAAUUCUGAAGUACAUUAAAUCACGGCUGAGAAACACUUUGACGGAAUCGAAAUUGGAGGCAUUUAUGCUGAUGAGUGUAGAGAAACAGAUUUUACUCGAAAUUGAUAACGAUGACAUUAUUGAUACUGUUAAAAAUCACAGUAAUUUAUUAAGAUCUAAAUUAACCUAUUAA